UAUGCAGAAGGGCCACCGGGGAAACACGGAAAAGAUUUCCCAGUGAGAGAGAGAGAGAGAGAGAGAGAGAGAGAGAGAGGAGGGAGAGAGGGAGUCUGCAGAAGAGUGGCGAGUUCCCACAAAGGGCAAAAGCCAAGUCUCCUUCUUCAUCAGGAAGCUAAGUUCAGGAGAUUAGUUGGAUGUGAAUUCAAUUUGAGGUUUCCCAAAGCGCUAUAUGAAGGAGUUGAGGAACAGAUUCAUAUGUUAUUAGAGAAGGGAUGUGCUUCGAAUAUUGUUGGGGGUUCUCAUGUGAAAAUGUUGGUAGAGAGUUCUUUAUGUUCUUCCAUUGAAACAAGUUCUUUUAACGUGCCUCGGUGUCAGAGUCCAUUUACUGGGCAUUAUUGGAUAUCACAUGGUGAAGCUUGUCAGAUGUUCCACAAAUUGUCUGAAAGUUAUGAAGUAAGUUUUUCUGAUGCAAAGCCAGAAACAUCUGGAAAAGAUCUUGAUGUAUCAAGCCAUCCAACCCGUCCAACAAUUUGUCCAGAACAGUCAAUGACAAACAAAAAAUCGCGAAAUGCUCUGAUUUCUCGUGUGUAUAGACGAAGGAAGCCGAAAACAUCGCGAAAUGCUCUAAUUUCUCGCGUGUAUAGACGAAGGAAGCCGAUAGUGAAACCCAGUGGUACUUCUACCGAAGAUAACCCUGUAAAGUCCAAGGGAAGGGGUGAUAAUCUCAAUGACUCUCUUUUCCUGGAAGAUGACAGGGGAGCGACUAAGAGAAGGGAUGAUAGGCUCGAUAACUGUCGUGUCUAUAGCCGAAGGAAGUGGAAAAUGAAAUCAGCUGGUAUUUUUACUGAACAUGACUCUAGAGAAGCCAAGAGAAGUUGUGGUCAGCUUGAUGACUCUCUUUUGUAUCUCCAAAAGAAGCAGAGAGUGACAACGAAUGGCACUUUUGCUGAGAAUAGCCCUGGAAAGAACAAGAGACGUGGUGGUCCUGAUGGCUUUGUUGUGUAUAGGCGAAAGAAGAGAAGGGUGGAGCCAACCGGUACUUCAACUGAACAUGACUAUGGAGAAACCGAGAGAAGUGGUGAUCAGCUUGAUGACUCUCUUUUGUAUCUCCAAAAGAAGCAGAGAGUGACAACAAAUGGCAUUGUUGUUGAGCAUAGUCAUGGAAAGAACAAGAGACGUGGUGAUGGUCCUGAUGGCUUUCUUGUGUAUAGGCGAAAGAAGAGAAGGGUGGAGCCAUGCGGUACUUCAACUGAACAUGACUCUGAGAAAACCAAGAAAUGUAAGGGUCGAGUUUCAGCAGUCAGUUCUCUUGCUGGUAGAUAUUUUCACGGUUGCAAUAAAGAGACUGAUGUUUCAAACCCGAAAAACGUGCAUAAAUCCCCAGUUGCAGAAGUAAUAUGUGUUUCUGAUGGGAUGGUCAGCAGUUGCAAGAAUGACGCUUGCUCGUCAUCGAAACCCAUAUCUGGACUUGCUUUUGUGUCCAAGAAUUCUUGGGCAGGGGAAGUUACUGGAUGCUCAUCCUCUGGUGCAAUGGUGACUGAGAACAUAACAAAAAAUAUGUCAGCAGAAGAGAUAUGCGUUUCAAUUCUUAGAAGAGAUGGCUUGCUUGAUGGAGCUUGGCCUGGCAGAACCAGUUCUCAUGUUGAAGAGACUGUUACAAUCGGUACAAGCAGCUCCUCCAGAGGGUGCAAGAUUUGUGAUCGUUCAGUAGCUGCCGAAAAUAUACUUAUUUGUGAUAAAUGUGAAGGUGUGUUUCAUACAUACUGCUGCAGCGUUCAAAUGACCGAAAUUUCAGAGAUUGAUGAGUGGCUUUGUCCAUCAUGUCUGAAAACGAAGCGAAAAAUCCUCAACGAGAUCAAUAACAAGAAAAGGGGAAGAGCUUCACAGGAACGAAAAUGGGGAACUUCACCUCCUCGGAAUGAAAUGUGCUCGGUAGCUUUGAUGUUGAGAGAUCCUGAACAAUAUAAAACAGGUGUCCGGAUAGGGACAAACUUUCAAGCCAAAGUUCCUGAAUGGUCAGGUCCAACCACGAGUGAUACUUCUCUUGCUGGUGAACCUUUGGGAAUCAAUCAGUCAGAAUAUAUGCAUCAUUUCAACAUAAAUAGUGCUAGGAAACUGAGCUCUAUAGGGAAUUGGCUCCAAUGCAGAGAGGAAGAUAUUAAUGGAGAAAUCUGUGGGAAAUGGCGCAGGGCCCCUCUUUAUGAAGUACAGACUGAUAACUGGGAAUGCUUCUGCUGCAUCUUCUGGGAUCCACCUCAUGCUGACUGUGCCGUCCCACAGGAGCUGGAGACAAGUGAGAUCAUGAAACAGCUCAAGUACAUUGAAACUCUGAGGCCUCGGUUAGAUGCAAGGAGGCGAAAGGGUCGAGAUGUUCAUCAGGAUAACACGAGUUCUCGCCGAUGAUCUUUAUGUUCCACAAGUGUGAGCUUGAACAUCAAAAUCCCUUGCAGGUUACACAACAAAAAUGAGUGUUUUUUUUGUACACAUCUAAUUGUGAAGAGAGACAGAUCUUUAAGGAUGUCUGAAAAAAAAAAAUGGAGAGCAAUGCUCUUCUCUUUUUGUUCUUAGCACAGAUGAGGUUGUGAUAUGGGGUGGUUGUGUGCAGCAUUGGAAUCUCUUUUUGAGUUGCACACUCAGGCUGUGUAGUGAAUCAAUCUUUUUG